AUGGCCGAGGCUGCAAGUGCCGCGAGCACUAAUCCUAAUGCUGAAAUCAUUCGAGGCCAGGUGUUUGAAGUGGGCCCCAGAUACACUAAUUUGCAAUAUAUUGGUGAAGGGGCUUAUGGAAUGGUUGUGUCUGCUAUCGACAACGUUAAAAAAGCUAAAGUUGCCAUCAAGAAAAUAUCGCCGUUCGAACACCAGACCUACUGCCAGCGGACUCUACGAGAAAUCAAAAUCUUAACACGGUUUAAGCAUGAAAAUAUAAUUGACAUUCGAGAUAUUUUAAGAGCCGAAACGAUUGAUCAAAUGAAAGAUGUUUACAUCGUACAAUGUUUAAUGGAAACUGACCUUUACAAAUUGCUAAAAACACAGAAAUUAAGUAACGAUCACAUCUGUUACUUCCUUUAUCAAAUUCUGCGAGGACUGAAGUACAUCCACUCAGCGAAUGUACUCCACAGGGACCUGAAGCCGUCAAACUUACUACUCAACACUACGUGUGAUUUAAAGAUUUGUGACUUUGGACUGGCGCGAGUUGCAGAUCCUGACCAUGACCACACAGGAUUCCUCACGGAGUAUGUCGCCACGCGCUGGUACCGAGCGCCUGAGAUUAUGCUCAAUUCAAAGGGCUACACCAAGUCAAUAGACAUUUGGUCGGUUGGAUGCAUCCUAGCGGAGAUGCUGUCGAAUCGGCCAAUAUUCCCGGGGAAACACUACUUAGACCAGCUGAAUCACAUCCUUGGAGUCCUCGGAUCGCCCAGUCAGGAAGAUUUGGAUUGCAUCAUCAACGAAAAGGCUCGUGGCUAUCUGGAAUCGCUGCCUUUCAAGCCUCGUGUGCCGUGGACGGAACUGUUCCCUGGCGCGGACGCUAGGGCACUGGACUUGCUGCACCGCAUGCUCACGUUCAACCCACACAAGCGGAUCACUGUUGAAGAAGCACUUGCACAUCCUUACCUUGAGCAGUACUACGACCCCAAUGAUGAGCCCGUGGCGGAGGAGCCGUUCCGAUUUGCGAUGGAACUCGACGACCUUCCCAAGGAGACCCUCAAAAAAUACAUCUUCGAGGAAACAUUACUGUUCAAGAAACUGAACGAAGACGCGUAG